ACGCCAGCGCGGGCAAACGUGUGCGCGUUCACUUUCCAAAUUUGAAAAAAAACCGGGAAACGACCGUUUAUUUUUUCUUCUAAACGACCAGUAACAUUACCUUCGGCCAGUGCUUGCGGGCUGGUUAUCGGACUGUUUACAAACACUUAUAAUGUGAAAUCAAGCGGCGCAUGCAAACAGUUUUCCAAUAAGGAGUGCGUUUACACCGGCCGGCCGACCGAGCGGACCGCCUGAAAGUUUUUCCUACACUUUCCGCUUUCCUUCUCUACCUCCUUACUUUCCUGCUCUCCUGGUACUUUUGAGUUUCGCUUUUCUUGUGUAGUGUUUUGUUUAUCCCGUGCGUUCUUUGUCGGGUGCGUUCUGUUUGACUGAGUGGGGUGUGUUUGAAUAUGGGUUGUACUGCGAGGGUCAUAAUGCCGUUAUUGAGUACGCUAGCUGCGCUGGUGAUCCUCGUGCAUUCGGCCGAGGAGGAGAUGGAGAGACACCACUUGGCGCUGAGGCAGGCUGACCCCGGGGGACCCGACUAUGAGUUCGAUCAGCAAUGGAGAGCAAUACAAACGGAGCCGAUGAUGCAGAAGUCUGACGAAUGGACGGAGCAACCGCAGGAGGAGCCCCCGCGGCGGCGGCGGCCCGGCCGGAAGCGGAAACGGCGGCCAUUGCCGGACGCCAUGGACGCCAGCGAGCCGGAGGAGCGACGACGCUUCCACGAGGACCAGACACGCCGCGAACACGACCAGCCCAGGGAACUAGAACCAGUCCCGAUAGACCUCGACCCUCAACACGAAAGAUUCGAAAGGGAUCAUUCCCCAAGAGACCACGACAGAGAACGCGAAAGAGAUCACCCAAUCAGAGAAAGAGACCCGGAACAGAAAGAAACGAUGAGGAAACGAAGGAAACGACCGGAAAUGAGACCGUGGACUGGAGAGGAAACCAGGCCGAUGCGAAGACGUGGACAGAGACGUAAGAGACCGAAGCACAAUGAGUUUGACGUAUUCCAGAACUAUGAAGUCCCCAUCGUGACUGACACUCGAUACCGCCCCAGUAACGUUAGGCACCUGGAUGAUGACAACAGCGAGAGAUAUCACGUCGAUAUUGCAGAUCAAACUGAACAGAAAGCAGGCGAUCCCACUGAUCUGGUUGAAAUUGGACAUGUUCAGCUGGAUAAUGAACAUGCUGACAUUCAAAGCAGUCCUGGUAACGAGGCGCCUUCACAAGUACCGGUGGAAGAAACGGUUGGAAUACCAGCGACAAGAGAUGAAGAUGACAAAACCUUUACAGUCAGUGAAUUAGAAAAAGCUAAGAUUGCAAUGACUGCCGUUAUGCGCAAGUUAGAGGAGCUCCAUUCCAGAAGUAGCUUUGAAAAGUAUCGUAAGCCAAUAUUUAAUCAAGAUUCAACAGAAUAUAAUGUAGACAAGAGUGGACCAAUCAGCCCGAUGGCUCUGAAGGAACUACUGAAAAGGUCCAACGGGAGUAGUUUAAGUGAGAUACUGCAACAGCACAAUCUUUCUUUGGCGGACCUUUUACAUGGAGACAAAAAUGCUCUGUCAGCGUUAAAAUCAGAUGAUAAUACAGACACUCAAGACAAUUACAAACGUGAAAGACCGACAGUAAAAAACGACCAGGAUGAUGAAGUUACGACAACGGAAAAAAGUUAUCCAGAAGAAGCUACAACUCAACCAAUUUCUGUAGAAAUUACGUACAUUUAUAAUACAAGCGAACCAAGUACUCUUAAUGUAACUGAGGCAACAACCGAACCAGUAACUGAGCCAAUCAAAGAAAUUCUAGAUGUUAAAGAGAAUGCACCGAAAAUUGCAAUGAAACGACCAUACGCUAUAAAUGGGAGAAGGAAAAUGAGGUUACGACGUCCAGGAGCUCCGAACACAUACGUUAGAUUUUUGUCAAACUCGAGACGGCAACCACAAAAUAAUGCCACCUCCUCGGUCCAAUCUGAUGAAUCAGCUGAUUUUAAUGCCGCAACAAACAAAAGUAAAAUUAAUGAUCAAUCAUAUCUUCAAGAGAAUACUAAAAAGGUAGAAAAGAAAUCAAAUCAAAAGCAUGAAAAUCAAGAAUCCACAACAGUUCUUGAGGAUUUUAUUACGACUACGACUGAAGAGGUAACUACGAUUGAUACAAAAUUUGAAACAACAGAAGUAGUCAACGAAAUUGAGACAACCACCAAAGAAAUAGAAAACCUAGAACCAAAAACUGAAGAACCGGUUACCACCACAACAGAAAAAGUCACAACUGCACCCACAACUCGAAAACCAAUGAACAACAUUGAGUUAAGACGGCAAGCUUUAACGAACAGAUUGAAGAGAAAAAGGCUGAGACAAAAAUUGUCAACAACGGAAUCUCCCGAGGAUAAUUUAACUAGAGAUCUGUUUGGAAUGGCCAAUUUAGUUUCGGCAUCAGAGUUUAUUGCCCGAGCGAAAUCUCCGUCAAAGACGACUAAGUAUAAUGAGGUUACUGAAACUCCAUUACCAGAUUUCUUUGAAAAUGAAGCGUCUAAUAAAGUGGAAAAAUCUAGCCGACCAAUAUUAUCUGUAGCGUCAACUACUAAGGCACCAGUAAGGCAAACUACCAUAGAAGAAGCUAAAGUUGAGAUAGAAGAAAUUUUCAAAGAUGACGAAACAGGAGAACGGCUGUCCAAGAUCUUGAAGGAGAGAAAUAUGACUUUAAGUGAGUUAGUGGAGCACAGGGAGCGAGGUUCCAGUAACGUGCACCUCGCCGACAUCUUCCACAACACGUCGCGGGAGCCCAACCCAGCCGAGCCCUUCCUCUCAAAGUCACUCAUUGAACCGAUAUCCAAGGAAACUUACCCCCUAAGAGCGCUUUUAGAAGCCAAUCAGCAUGACCCUAAUGUAAAGACAUCCCCAAUGGAACCAAAUCCCAGUGAAGCCUCAGCGACUAGCGUUCCUGUUGUAAUGAACUACGGUAACAAUGUUAACCUUAACGGUGAAAACCUCGGCAUCAUGUCACUGUUUAACAAAAUAACCAGCCAGCAAGAUAUUGAAGAACAGCCAGUCAUAAAGAAAGAUUCCAAAGGCUCUCUCUAUAUAGCAUCGGUAACAAGUGAAAAUGUUACAAACCAUAUCGAAAAUACACGGGAUGGACGACAGAUGGAACGAAAUGACAAUGGCUUGAAUGAAAUAUUUUCGUACAUGCAACGAUCGUUUGGAGAUGGAAAACAUGAGAUAUCUGAAUCACUAACGAAACAGCGGACGCCAGAAACAGAACCGACGACCACCGAAGAAGAAAUUAAACACAGCAAAGACGAAGACGACGUGAUGGUACUAGAGGAUCUCCAGCACCUCAAGGACUUUAACAACCGCAUCGCGUCCGCCGCCGCUGAGAAUAUCGAAAUGAAAGUGGUAGAAAACCACCAAACGACAAACGAGCCUCCACAAGGAAUACUCGAUAAGAUACCUAAUAGCACCAAAUCCGUCACAGUGGCUACCGCAAGUAUUCUAGGCCUCACCACAGUUGUAUUCUUGCUCACAUACGUUCUGUUCAAAUGGAGACAGCGAUGCAAUGUGAUACGAAAGAAAGAUAGCUUCUGUGAAGAGCAAAUACCCACACCAGUGUUCGAAAAUAGAAAAGGCAACAAGAACCAAAGCAGCACGCGUAGUUUAAGUCCAAUGCUAUCGACAAGUAAUAUUUAUACCCUAAACACUUUAGAUUCAAGGAAUGGUGAUGAAUCACCAGACUACAUGUGGGAUUCACUGAGGAAGCCAUUCCAGUAAUAUAGGCAAAGCAUUUCUAAAUUAAUUUGACUGAAUUUUAUUGAUAAGUUGAGUGUAGAUAGGUACUUUUUAUGUGUAGGAUAGUGGUAGUUUAUUUUUAAGUGUAUUUUGGUUUAGUGUACAUACUUUCUUGGUCUAGGUAUCUGAUAAAAGAUUCUUUUUCUGUAAAAAA